GGGGACGUGACGUCAUGGAGGGGGCAGGAGGCCAUACUCGCAACAAACAUGGCGGAGCGGAACAGCACGGACUCCGCGGAAAGCCGAUACAGCGAAAUAUUAAGUCCAUCUGAGUUGUUUGCCGCUCGGUCCAGGUGUCACAAGAUCCCAGUGAGGGGACAGAAGGACUUCUUCCCCAACGACUCAGGCGAGCAGCGACAGCGACUCGAGCAGAGUCUGAGUGAACACUGGAGCCUCACGUCAGAGGAGAGAGUGGAGAGGCUAGGAAACCUGGUAAAGGCGACAUGGAUUCCAAGUGACCAAGUUGUGGAGCUUCAGUCUCCAGCUGGAAAGUUUUGGCAGACAAUGGGUUUUUCUGCACAUGGAAAACAGUAUCUCCUCCCUGAAGAGGCUCUGUACCUCAUGGAGUGUGGCAACCUGCAGGUGUUCUAUAAGGACUUGCCGCUCUCCAUUCAGGACGGUUAUGAGAGAUUUCUGUCCUCAAACACCGUGAGCCUCCUUCAGUAUCAGGUGUUUGGGCAUUUGAAGAGGCUUGGCUACGUGGUGCACAGGUUUGAUCCCAGCUCUCAACCGUCGACGUACGCGAGGCAGCUGAACCUGCCUCAGUCACGGGACAAAGUGGGGAGACAGCCAAAGAGGAAACGCAGUGUCAGCCCCACCCCCAUGCCAACAUCCAGUCGUACUGAAAAACAAGACUCCACCACUGAGAUGAUGGAAGUGGACAAGGACGAGAAGGAUGGGAAACCUCCCGAGUCUCACUUGAUGACCUCUCCAGAGACUCUGGAGGUCCAGUGUUCCGCCACAAGUACAGCAGAUGAAGAUGGGGGUCGGACCUGGUGGUCGGGAGAUGUUCUCGAGUGCAAAGAAUCAAAUCAUAGCACCACCUCUACCUCCUCCUCCCGCUGGGACUUUAGCUCCAUCCCGUUCCCUGACCUGGGCUCUAGGGAGUCUCUGUCCGACAGCCUAACGUCUCCGGACCCCUCGCUGUUGCCGGGGGGUUUAGCUGUGGGAGUCUGUGAAGUUGCCACCUGGAGGCAGAAAAUAAACCUGCGGAAGGUGGCGAUGUCCUCAAAGGAGCAGGGGAGGGAAGACGACAGACGGAGGCGGCGGGGGGACGUCAACAAAGACAGAGAGGUUCAGCAGUGCAGAAACUGGACAGAGUAUCAGGAGCUCAUGGCGCGGCGGCAGAGUAGAUGUGACGGUCGACCAGCCCACUUGUGGAACAGAGAAGUCACUCCUUUACAUGACCCAAGACAGCCACUCCCCACCAGGGAACUGUUGGAAAAAAUCAAUGUGAUUAAGUCGACAAAUUUACUCGAGGGGGUGUCCAGGUUGAAAGAGUCGGACGAGUGGGGGAUUCGUUUCAGUGUUUACCAACCAGAUUCGGUGGCUGAAUUCAAGAAGAGCCACCCGGGGAAACCUUACUCCCACAUGUGUGUGUGCAGUUUCGACGGCCCCGUGCCCGACCUGCGAGCCAUCAAGCUGCUGGCGUCCCAGACGGGAGACGUCCCCGUAGUCUUCGCUGUGGUCGACUAUGGCGACGUCUCCUUUUACACCUUCAAAGACUUCCAGCUGCCAGUGGACGUGUAUCCCUGACACGGAGGACUCCAAUCUGAAUCUGCAUCUGUUUGACUGACGGUUUGGGGAAAAAAAGUUCAUUUCCUAAAGGGUUACAUUCACAUUGUUGUGUAAUUUUUGGUGCCAAAGUUCACUUGGACGUGAUUAGAUUUUGUGGUCAAAGGUUCCACUCUUUGCCUUGUGAAUGUGCUUUCUUAAAGUGAUGGCACUGAAAUGAUCACCUAAUAAAAAGUACAUCGUC